GCGCGGCCACCGCUGACCGCCGCUUUGCUUUCAGGUUAGCUGCUGUGUUAGCGGGUUAACGGGGAAAACGCUCGUAUGUUGGAUACACGGAACAGAGCUGCAAAGUAACGUGUGUGAAACCUCUCGACUCUUUAACCCGUUCGCUCUUCAUGUAACGUUUGAGGGCCUAUCAGCAGGACACUGCAGCUUCAGUGAAGCCCUCGUGAUUGGAUGACGAGAGAACCACUGACUACCAGUAUGGACGCGCUCCAUCCUGGAAUUUCCCACAAUCCUUAGUUCUCUGAUCUGCAGCUGAGUCUACUGAACCCUGAGCCGUGACCAAGUCCAUGACCGACCUCCUGUCAGGUGAUCUGUCUUGUGCCACGAUGAUGUCAGUAGAUGUGACCAAUCACAAUGGCCCCGCUGCCACGCCUCCCACCUCACUCAGCCUUCGCUCCUCACACAACCAGCUACUCAGCGGUGAUGUCAUCAAACAGGGCUCCGCCACGCCUCCCAAGUGUCGUAAAAAGUACGCACUUACCAGUAUCCAGGCUGCCAUGGGCCUCGGAGAAGCAGUGCCAUCUUCAUCAUCUCCAUCAUCAUCCCCAUCACAGUCUUCAACCCCCAACAAUCCCAAACUAGCCAAGAACGGAGCCAACCAGCUCCGUAAAGCCGGUCAGGAUCACAACAAGAACACAACCGGCCCUGACCCAACGGAUCUGGAGUGUAAUUCAGAAACUGCGGCAGAUGACCUCAAUGUCAACACAGCUGAGGAGCACGACAGUCACACUCUCACCAAUAAUGACCGAGAGGAUGAUGUCAUCGAGCUAGAUGUUGAGCUGCACCCAGACACUAACGGAGAUGCAGAGCCCGAGCAGAAAACUGAAUCAGACAUAGACAUUAACAUUAACACGACUGUGGAGCUCAAACUCAACGGCAACACAACAGAUCUGGGCUUUGACUUGAACAAUGAGGCAGAGGAGAGCGAUGACAUCAGCAUUCUGUCUGAGAAGGAAAUUAUGUCAAAGAUGAAGAUUGAGGAAGAUGGAGACGAGGUGGUGGUGGUGGAGGAGCAGGAGGACGAGGAGAAAAAGCCUUUACUGAUGAUGAAAAGUGAGUCUCCCAUGAAGAACCACAAGGUCUCUUCAGGCCUGGAGCUCAUCUCUGACCUCCACUCCAACCUCAAGCUCCUCAAGUCAGGCAAGGACUCCCCGGUGCCUCCUCCUCCCUCCCCACCCAGGCAAGCCAGCCCAGAAGACACGCCUCUGCUCUCCGUGGCCUCCUGCUCCUCGUCUUCCUCCUCCUCCCCGGAGACGAAGAAGGACAGAAGGACUGGCGCAAAGACAGACUGUGCUUUGAACCGCAUCCAGAAUCUGAACCCUAGUGACGAAGAGUUGAGUUGGACCACACUGUCCCAGGAGAGCAACUCCCCAGAGGAGACAGAUGUCUGGAGUGAGCAGUCAUUCCAGACGGACCCUGACCUGCCUCCAGGAUGGAAGAAGAUCACAGACAUGGCCGGUAUCUACUACUGGCACAUUCCAACUGGCACCACCCAGUGGGAGAGGCCUGCCACCCGCCCAGCACCCCCAGGCCCGACAGAGCCCCAGGCCCUGGGGGACCACACAGCCUCCACACCACGUAAACACUCCCUGGGCUCACUCAGCCCCUCGCCCACCCCUGACCAUGAGCCAUGCCAGGCAGAGAUCUUCUACAGGGCAUCAACUCGUUCAGGCAGCACCACCUCCGACAGCUCCGUGGAGCCUCUCCCCACUCACGAGCCCACCAUCACCACAUGUGGAUUUGUUAACAGCUGCUACUUUCCUCGCUCCACAUCCCUGCAGGGGAUGCCUGAUCAAGAGUGUCGCUCUCAGCUUCACGAAUAUGAGGACAAGAAACAGGUGUGGAGUGAUUUUGGCGGAAAGAUUGAUAGUGAAGUGUGGAAGGACCUGCAGGCAGCCACGGUGAAUCCUGACCCCAGUCUGAAAGAGUUUGAGGGUGCCACGCUUCGCUACGCGUCACUCAAGCUAAGGAACCGUCCAGCAGUGGAAGAGGAGGAGUCCAGCAGUGUCAACAGUGACCCAGAAGCAAAGUGUUUUGCAGUGCGCUCUCUGGGGUGGGUGGAGAUGGCUGAGGAGGACUUGGCUCCUGGAAAGAGCAGUGUUGCCGUUAACAACUGCAUCCGACAGCUGUCCUACUGCAAGAAUGACAUCCGAGACACCGUGGGCAUCUGGGGAGAGGGGAAGGACAUGUACCUGCUGCUGGAGAAUAAUAUGUUGAACCUGGUCGACCCCAUGGACCGCAGUGUGCUUCACUCUCAGCCAAUCGCAAGUAUCCGGGUCUGGGGCGUUGGCCGGGACAAUGGCAGGGACUUUGCAUAUGUGGCACGGGAUAAAAACACCAGGAUCCUGAAAUGUCAUGUGUUCCGCUGUGACACGCCAGCCAAAGCCAUCGCCACCAGCCUGCAUGAGAUCUGCUCCCGGAUAAUGACAGAGAGAAAGAAUGCCAAAGCGAUGGCUGGAGGCUCUCUCCAGGACAGGAUGCAGGCAGGACUGGAUCUCCCUUUACAAGCAGAGUUCCCCACACCAAAGACAGAGCUGGUGCAGAAAUUUCAGGUGCUCUACCUUGGGAUGUUGCCUGUGGCCAGACCAAUAGGCAUGGACAUACUGAAUGGAGCUAUAGACAGUUUAAUCGGUUCUUCCAACAAAGAGGACUGGACUCCAGUAGCCCUCAAUGUGGCAGAUGCUACUGUCACCAUCAGCAAAGACAAGGACGAAGAGGAAGUGCUGGUGGAGUGUCGCGUUCGUUUCCUGUCUUUCAUGGGCGUCGGGCGGGACGUGCACACGUUUGCCUUCGUCAUGGACGUUGGCGGCCAUCACUUUGACUGUCACGUCUUCUGGUGCGAGCCCAACGCUGGGAACGUGUCCGAGGCUGUACAGGCAGCUUGUAUGCUGCGGUAUCAGAAGUGCUUGGUGGCUCGACCCCCCUCCCAGAAGGCCUGCGGCUCGUCUCCCCCCGGUGACUCGGUGUCCCGUCGGGUCUCGACUAGCGUGAAGAGAGGCGUCCUGUCUCUCAUCGACACCCUCAAACAGAAGAGACCCGUCACCGAGUUGCCGCAGUAACCGCGGUCGGGCGCUACCGACUCCCUUACCACAACCCCCAGUCACCAUGGUAACUAGUCGCAUCGCUGCCAAAACCCGUCGCCACCACAGACCCCAGUAACCAUGGAAGCACAGCAAGGCCCCGGGGUUUGGGAAACCCUGUCACUGUUCCAUCGCUUUUCUGGAGUAAAAUUGGAAUAGAAAUUGGAAUUUCAUCUCAAGAGAUUAUCAGCUCUUUAGCAGCAAGUCAAACGUGUUUACUCCAAAUAACUGAGAUGAAUAGACUCUAAUCCCACAUCAAGAAGGAACAACCACAGAGAAACCCCUGGAAUGAUCAUCGUAAAGGUGAUACGUGUACAUAGAAGUAACUCUCGUCCCCCUCAGCACAAAGAAGGAGCGAGGAGAAGAGAGCAAAAAACCGAAGAAGUCGGACGUACUCCUUUAAAGCACAGCACGUGUGAUGAGUGAGCUCAGCGCUGCCCAAACUGCUUAUUCCUCCAUGCUCUAAUUGUAUUUGUGCCUGUGCUGCCAGCAUGACCUUGCACACCUGGCCACACCCCAUUGUCAUUCACCUGGUUGUCCUGUUAGUUUGUAGUGGCUCUUCGCCCCACUGUCCCGCUUUCUCAUUAUCCUCAGUAGGCUGUAACGUGAAGUGAAUGGAAGAAAGGAAUCACGAAAGCCAUCGUGUCUGAUUUUCAGAUCAGUAUGUAAUGAAUGAACGAAAGAAGCUGCUACAGUCUAAAGAGAUCUGGCCGUCAGUCUACACACUCUCACUCUAACCCGUUCGACCGAUCCUGCAUGAACUUUUUAUAGAAAAAUGAACCAUUCUAGACAAUAUCAACACACUGCUGCUGCUUUCAGAGACUGAAGGAGUGAGAAAUCCGAAGCCACGUUUUGUUUUAAUUUUUAUUACUAUUAUUUCUUUCUUUCUCGUCAACUGUGCAAAAAUCAAUCUGGACGGUCUAAACGAGCGGUGGCUUUUCACCCGAAACAUCCUUCACGCGCCUCCUUUUUAACUGUCGUCUUUAUUCUUUUGUCGUCCCUCGGAAAAUGACAGAUGAUAGCCAUAAUGGAGGAGGAGAAUGCAGGGAUGGACAGAGUGUUAGCCCUCCCUCCUCUGCUCUCUGCUAAACAGUGCAGGACUGCUGCUCCAAACACAGGAGACAUCAGCAUGCUGCCGCUGCUGCUCUUCGACACACAUGCUGGAGGAAAUUAUGGCCGAUAAUUCCUUUCAAUCCCACCUCGGUGUCAGUCCUCAGAGACUUCAUGUCUGCUCAUAAAAGGGGACUGGCAACACAAGAAACGCUCGAGGAAUCAUGCAAAGAAGAAGACUCGAGGAAUGUGUUUUUGUACCCGGGUAGAGUGGCGAUGGUUUUGUCCACAGCUGAGAUCUGAACUGCGAGGAGGUGAGUUGGGGAGAGAGACAGGGCUCACCUCCAGCCUCGGCUGUUUUUCCAGAGGAAAGCCAACAGAGAGACGCGUUGACUCAAAUUCACAGGACUUUCCUGGGCUGCUAUCUGUCUGUCUCCAGGGUUCUGUUCACUUGAAUGCGCCUUCUUUGUUUUUUCAUCGCCUACUUCCUUAUUAUGCGACUCUUUUCAUCAGUGCCACGAGAUCACCUUCGUUCUUCCUCUUUUGGUCUGUUUUCUGUAGUUUUUCUCGCUCAAAUCUCAAUUCAACGCUGCUAGCUCCUUCUUAUGACAUAUCUGACAAGCCUGGAUGCAUGGUGAUAACUAAUGAAGUCUGUUAUUGCACCUAAAAUAGUGGCAGUUCUCUUGGAUGUAGGGCAGCAGAUUAAUUGCGAGCCUGCAUAAUUGAGCGUUGCCUUAACGUCUCCGCCGGACAGCUGUUGUCCAAUCACAGUUUAGGAACUAUAGCUGCCUGCCAAGCUUUUGGAUUGCUCUCCAUAUUAAAGAAAUGUGCAAAGGGCUGGAGAAAGACUGAUACUGGGUGUAAGUUUGGAGGGUUGUACCUUUUUUAUAAAUGUUUUUUAUAUCACCUUUGCUUUAGCAUCUUAAGCAUGAUAUUGUGUAUUUAGCCAUCAACUGCACAUUCAGGACCCCCUUUACAAGAAUCUAUUUAGAAACAGCGUAUGAAUCCAACUCAUGGAGCUAUUAUUAGCUUAAUUAGCCUUUCAGUGAGCUAAUACAAUCUGCUUGCAGCAGUUGUCAUCUCAGCGGCCAAAAUCAAUGGUGGCUGGUUUUAAUGAGAGGCUGCUUUCGUUUAGGUUUGCUUUAUUUCAAAAUAAUUUUUAGGAAUAAAUCUACCUUAAGCUGCAUAAACGUGUGACAUGUGAGAAAGGAGCGCUUCACAGCCGUAGCAACAGUAACCAUGGGGAGACUGGGCUCAGCGAUCAAAAUGUCUCAUCUGCAGGUGCGUCUUGCUUGUUGUCUCCAUGUCUUGCUGUUGAACUCCACAGUUAACGAACUGAAGGAACCAGGAGUGUAAUUGAGAUUCUGAAGAGAAAAUUCAGCCACAUCACCUUUUUUUUUUGGUCACAAGGAUGUUGAAAUGUGAAUGACAAAAUAUGUGUGUACAUAAUAUCCAUUUAAUGUAACAUUUGGCAUUAAUCAUUGUUAUAAGCUAUGUUUUCAUUUUGAAUGUCUGUAGUUUUCUAUUACUUUCUUGUAAUGAAAUGCCUUUUUUGAGAACUCACCAAAUGGCCAAAGUGUAAAAUACUGAUAUACUACAUUGUAGAUAAGAAAAAUACGAGAGCAAGUAAUGAAAAUGAGAGGAGAGGUGAUUGGAAAUUUCCACAGUUGUCAAUUAAGUUGAUACUGAAUUUAACUGAGCAAUUAUCUAUGCAUUCUUUUGAUCUCGAGAAAUGGAAAGUCGUAAAAAGCCUUGCAUGCCCUUGGACGGUUGAAAGAACGCCUGUAUGUACUGAACAGAACUAUUUUUUAUUUUAUUUAUUCUAUUUUAUAAAGGUAUAUACUGAUUUUAUUAGUUGGGGCAAGUAAAGUCUCUUGACUCGGUGUCAUUGUCUCAGUCCCUGGUUAACUCACAAGGCUACAACGAGCUCCGCUUUGCAGAAAAAGGAAUAUAUGUUCACCUUGUACAGUGCACUGAGAGCUGGGAGUCCACUGUUGGUCUGAUGGUGAACAGGAGGAGGUGGAGGAAGAGGAGGAGGAGGAGGAGGAUGGUGAUAGCAGUGGACUCCCAGCAUCUCUGUCAGGCUCACACACAUAAACAACAAAAAACACCCAUUUCCCACAGAUGGAUGUGUUGGCUUCCGUUUGCUGCUCACUGAUUUGUACACUUUAUCAAUGUAACCAAUUGUGAGAAUAAACAGCAUUAUAAAAUAGA